AGCUGGCAAGAAAGACAUUAUUUGGACCACCUUCAGCAAAACCACCCAAAAUCCGCUUGGUUCAUGGAAGAAGAAGAGGUACGAGAGCUUGUGCAUGGGAAAGAAAAUUCAGUAGAAGCCAAGUUGGAGCUCACUGUGGAUGAGGUGGUAGAAGGGUAUGUGGGAUCCUUUGGGUUCUCCCAGCUGCUGCACGUGCUCUUGGUGUCAUUUGCAUGGAUAUUUGAUUCCCAGAACACUUUAAUCACCAUCUUUAGUGAUGCCCAACCAGCUGCUUGGAGAUGCAAACCCUCCUUUGACAACAGUACCAUGCAUCAAUGUUCAUCGUCUUUCUGCAUGAUGACUGCUACAGCUAGCAACAAAAGGCAAACUGGUCCUGUCUCUGGAUUAGCUGCGGGCACAUGGGAGUGGAUUGGAGGAAAUACAACAUCCACAAUUGCUGAGUGGGGUCUUGUAUGCGACCGCAAGUUUCUUGCUGCUCUUCCCGCUUCCCUCUUCUUCGUCGGUUCGAUAUUGGGAUGUGCUUUCUAUGGCCGCCUUGCUGACGCAUGCUUCGGCAGAAAGAAAACAUUGCUGCUAGCAUGCAUCUUAACCUUCACAACCACUUUCAUCACCUCUUCACCAAAUGUUUGGAUAUAUGCACUUCUCCGUUUUGCAAAUGGUUUUGCUCGCUCUGGAAUUGGGAUAUGCUGUCUUGUUCUCUGAACAGAAGCUGUUGGCCGUAAAUGGCGUGGCCAAGUUGGCCAAUAUGGCUUCUUUUUCUUCACAGCGGGUUUUCUGUCUCUUUCAUUCAUUGCCCAUCCUACCAGAACCUGUUGGAGGAAUUCAUACAAGAUCAUAUCCCUUCUUCCUCUAAUCUACACCUUUGUAUUAGUCUCUUUUGUAUCAGAGUCACCCCGCUGGCUCCUUGUUUGAGGGAAAAACGAAGAAGCACUCGACGUAUUAGAAAAGUUUGCAAGACUUAACGAGAAGAAAUUACUUGACAAUUUACAACUUAUAAUUCCUCGAAACCCAUCUAUUCCAUCUAAAGCAACAAUGGCCAGUGAAGGUGAAAGAGAUGUAACAACUAAUGAUAAAAAUGAGAAUCUAUGGACCGUGAAAUGGGCUGCAAAGAGGAUGAUUAUGAUUAUGAUACCUGGUUUUGGAGUUGAAUUUUUUUAUUAUAGGAUCCAGCUAAAUGUCGAAAACCUCAACUUUAAUUUGUACUUCACCGUUGUACUUAAUGCACUGAUGGAGAUUCCUACUGUUUUUGUUGGUUGCGUGCUAUAGCUUCAUAACCAAUGUCUGUUUUUCUCACUGUCUGCAUUUUUUGUUGGAGUUUCGAGCAUUUUUUGCAUCAAUUUUUCAGCCAACACCAGGGGCAAAGCAAAGGCUGAUGGAUCCGAUGGGUGUUGGCCUCAAUUGACAAUUAAAGCAAUUGGUUUCAUGGUUGCUUCUGUUGUGUUUGAUGUCUUGUAUAUUUACUGCGUUAAGCUUUUCCCCACUAACGUCAGAAACUUUACAGUGUCACUAUUGCACCGAGCCUUGAUGUUAGGGGCUUCCUUAGCUCCUUUAUUGGUCAUUGUUGGUCGCUCGAGCCCAUCUCUUUCCUUUCUUGUAUUCAAGGCGUUUUCCAUCCUUAACGGAAUUCUAAGUUUAUAGCUUCCUGAGACUAGGAAUUCUCCUCUUUAUGAGACCCUAGAGCAGCAAGAAAAGGAAUAG